AUGAUCGAACCUAUCAACAAUAACAACAUUAACUCAAACAUCAUUGAACCCAACAACGAUGACAUCAACAACAUCAUUAACCCCUCAAACAUCGUUGAACCUAUCAACAACCCCCCAAACAUCAUUGAACCUAUCAACAAUAACAACAUUAAUCCAAACAUCAUUAACACAGAUAUCAACAACAUCAUUGAACCUAUUAACAACAAUGACAACAUAAUUAAUCCCGUCAAAAAAAAUAUAAAUUUUAUAAAAAUCCAAAAUGUUUCCAUCAAUAUUCCUGAGGAUAUAAAUGUAGAUAUCAACAUCUCACCCAAGGAUCAGGAGAGAUCGGAAGUGGAUACGGACUCUGAGGAGGAAAAUAGCAUUGAAUUGAAUGGUGGCUUAGGUUGUAAUAAUAUAGAUGUCGUUGGAAAACCAAUGAAUGAAUAUUCGGAACUGUUAGAAGCCGACUUCAAAACUAUCGGAAAUGGUGGAUUCGCAGUUGUAUACUCAGUAGUUUUUGAAGGAAACAAAUAUGCAUUAAAAAAUCUAAACGGUAAUAUAUGCAUGGGUAAAAAAAUAUUCUAUCAAUUCAGGCGCGAGAUUAAAAUUCUUUAUAAGGUUGAUCAUCCAAAUAUCAUUAAAUUUCAUGGAGUUUCAAGAGAUCAAACGUCGGGUAAUUUCAUGAUGGUGUUACAAUUUGCAAAUGAUGGUAAUCUACGGGAUUAUUUACGAAAAAAAAUAAGAGAUUCUUUUUAUGAAAUUUCAUGGGUUGAACUUAUCAAAAUUGCUGGAGAUAUUGCCAUAGG